AUCUCCAUCUAUAUAAACUACCUUGUACACAAUUAUUUCCUUGAGUUGAAAUCAUAAUUAAAUAUGGUAUCAGAGCCUAUUGAUCCGUCUCUUCCUUCUUCUCGGUAACAAGGAAAAAAAAUCGGCCCAGCCGAUUGUUCUCUCUCGUCUUUCCCACGACGCCGACCUGGUCUCUACCAAUCGGCCAUGGCUGCCCUCUCUUCUGAUCCCAUGGAUCGUCUGCCUACGGGUCUAAAAUUAUUUGUCCGGAAUCUUCAAUCUCUAAAUCCGGUCAAACUUGAUGAUACAAAUUAUCCUUCCUGGUCUGCUACGGUUCACGCAAAUCUCGUCGCUCAUCGUCUCCUCAGUUAUGUUGAUGGUUCAGAAGUGCCUCCUCCAUCCCUUGUUCUGGACGAGAAAGCCGCCGCCCCUGGCAAGUAUGAACCGCCGGUUAUGAAACCCAAUCCUGCUUAUGACUCAUGGGUACUUGUUGAUGCUCAAAUCCGGGCCUGUCUUCUUGCUAUUGUUUCUCCAAUCGUUCAGACUCGUAUUCAUGCUCUUCCAACCUCUGCUGCAAUCUGGAAUCACCUCGAACAACAGUACAAUUCUCUUUCCCGCACUCAUAUUUUCCAAUUGAAGGAGCACCUGCAUAGCAUUCAAAAGGGCACUGAUUCAAUGCAAACAUACCUGAACACUGUUCUCACUAUUGUCUCAUCUCUGAAAUUGGCUCAUGAGGACAUUCGUACUAAUAUUGCAACCGUCACAUUUAAUCAAGUAUCAGCGUGGUUGCUCUCUGAAGAAUUAAAUCUCACCUUUGAGAAGAAACUACACCUUGGGGACUCUGGUUCUCCCUCGUCAACAGAUCUUCACCAUGCAUUGUUCACUAAUUCAGGAUGGGGUACUGGCCGGGGUCGUGACCGUGGGCCAUUUCGUGGCCGUGGUGGGCCCUCCCGCGGCAGCAGCUACAGCGGCAGAGGCCGGCUGCCUUAUUACCGUGAUGACCCGAGAGGUCGCGGUUGUGGGCGUGGAGCCGGCAUCACGUGUCAAUUGUGUGGGAAGACUGGCCAUGCAGUCUGGAAUUGUUGGCACCGCCACGAUGAAUCUUACUCUGGUCCUCCACAGGCAUACUACACCAAUCAAUCUGUUGACACCAAUCCGAACUGGCAUCUGGACACUUGAGCGAACACCCAUGUGACGUCUGAUUUUUCUCGGCUACAUAAUUCUUGUUGGAGUUGUGCCCUGAUGGCCAACUGUUCAUCGUUAUCCUAUCACGUAUAGGCAGAUAUAAUAUGUUUACACAUCUCAUGCUAAUGUAAACAAAUAUUAUAUUCCUAGAUUUAUAUUUAAAGAUGUUUAUCAGAUAGUGUUAUUCUGCUGAUGAGACUAACAUCUUGAAAUAAAUAUUUAUCUGAAUGUCCAUAGUCGAGUAUUAACGAGAGUGGGAUA